UAUUCCGGAAAGGAAACCCUUCAGAGUUCAGAGCCCCCCAUCCUUCGUCCGCUCCCACCUCGUUCCCCCCUGCAUCUCUUUUAGCUCGAUCAAUAUCUCCCAGUACCGUUCGAUCUGACAUCACUACCCCCGAUCACCGUCCGCCUACUGCCUUCUCCGCUUCCCGCGCGACCGCCCCAGAAGGAAUAUGCCGCCGAGCUCCGAAGGAAGCGACCUCGCCGACCGCGAGCUGUACUCCAUCCCCGCGUCCUCGAGUUGGUUUCGUUGGGAUGAGAUCCACGACACCGAGAAGCGAUCGCUCCCGGAGUUCUUCGACGGUUCCGCUGCCUCCCGGAACCCUAGAGUCUACAAGGAGUACCGCGAUUUCAUCAUCAACAAAUACCGGGAGGACCCGUCCAGGCGCAUCACUUUUACCGAGAUCCGCAAGUCUUUAAUUGGAGACGUCGGGUACAUACAGAACGUGUUCCGGUGCCUGGAGAAAUGGGGGCUGAUCAAUUUCUGGGCGAAGCCAGUGGCAGGGGUGCCUCCGCCCGCCGAGGAUGAUGGGCCAAAGGUUGUGGUGGAAGAAGGGGUGCCGGGUGGUGUGCAGGUCGUGCAAGCUUCCAUUCCGCAGAGGAAGAGGGUGGCCACGACGGGAUUGGGUGGAGAAAACGGGUUCAAGUUACCAUCUUUGACUUCGUACACUGAUGUGUUUGGAGAUUGGGCCCCGAAGAGGGGUCCUGUAUGUGGAGUCUGCGGUAAACAAUUCAAUGUUAGCGGAACUGAGUCGUUUGAGGGAGGACUGAUUGUAUGUCCAAAUUGCUCUAAAGAUAAGAGUCAGGUCAAUGCUACCGUAAAGGACUUGAAGCUUGAGACUGAUGACAGUGCCAAUCAUGUAAUGAGUGCAUGGACAGAUGCAGAGACUCUUCUUCUUCUAGAAUCUGUGCUAAAGCAUGGAGACGACUGGGAUCUUAUUGCACAGCAUGUACGAACUAAGAGUAAGCUGGAUUGUAUUUCAAGGCUUAUACAACUGCCUUUUGGCGAGCAUAUUUUGGAUUCCAUUAAUGGAGCAGUUGCUGGUAGUAACUCGAUAAGCAAGACAACUGAUGCCAAAGAAAUGCAAUCCCCGAUACAUGAACCACCACAUGAGCCCGAUAAGGUGGAUGGAUAUAUUGAAACUGAUGGGAAAGAUGUUGAAGAAUCUACUCCAGAACGUCCUUUAAAGAGAAGAUGCUAUAAUUCUUUUGUAAAUGCUGCAAAUUCACUACUAAAACAGGUAGCAUGCUUGUCUACUGUUGCUGGUUUGCAGAUUGCUGCUUCUGCAGCAGAUGCUGCUCUCACAGCAUUGGGUACUGAGAAUCCAGCUGCAAGCAAGGUCUUUUCUAUCAAUAAGGAUCCAUUAAAUGAUUUAAUUUGUACAAGUGAUGAACCCAACAGUCAUUUCAAUGUAUUGAAGACUGAAGAUCCAGAUCUGGAGCUGCAAAAAGUUACUGAUAUUCAGAAAGGUGGCCAAGAAAAGAAUUUUGGGGCUACAACACUUCAAAUAAGGGCUUCAAUUGCAACUGCACUUGGUGCAACUGCUGCACGUGCCAAGCUACUUGCUGACCAGGAGGAAAGGGAAAUAGAACUGCUGCUGGCAUCCAUUAUCGAGGCACAGCUUAGAAAGAUGCAAUACAAAAUCAAACGUUUGGAAGAGUUGGAGUCCACGAUGGAGAAGGAAUACCGCCUUUUGCAGAAGGAAAAGGAAUCUAUUUUAGAAGAAUGGUUGAUGGUGCUGGAGCACUCGUUUAAGACCGGAAUACCAAGAUGGAGGGAUAUUACACUGCCCAAACCUUUCUUGAACACUACCACCUUUUAGAAUCAGUUAAACUUUGAAGAUUCUGUUUGUUGGUUCUGUGCCUAAUCAAGGUUCUUCGGUUCUUCGUGUAAUUUGAACAGCACAAGUCUGUGUAAAAUUCUUCUAGCUCAAUCGGUUUCCGCUUACAUUCCCCAACAUUAGAGGCAUGUAAUACUGCCUUUUCAGAGUCACCUGAUUAAAGAAACCAAUGUGCUAUUGCAAUUAUUUAUAGACAUUGUUGAAGGUGCCAUAGAAGUGUUUCCUUUCUUUAAA